GAUGCGUGCACAGACUUAAUUAUUUCCUUGUUACAAGACAAACAAAACAGUUACACGCAACAACCUGGUAAUAGAAUGCACCUAUAAUAAAAGGAAGAAAGAAGAAGAAGAAAAAACCGGCAAUAAUCCUGUUACAAAUCACCUCCAUGGACGCAAUCUGACAGAUGGGGAGACUGACCAAUCGACGAUUGCGUGGGCGGGGUCAGUCAAGAAUCAGCCAAUCUAAACAUCGUAAACAUCGAAGCGAAUACACCCGUCAAAGAACAGCUAUAUUGUAGGAGAGCGAUGUCGCAUUCAAUGUUGCUUCGUGUAACGAUCGCCGCAGCAGCUCGUCCUCAGUAUUGACUCGGUGACCCACAUUUUUCACCAGAGAUGUGGUUACGUGUUGCGAGCGCGUGUACAGCGAUACCUCCUUUCUUUACGUCAAAAACAGACGAGUCCUGGAGCUAACUCGCGGUUCACGGGGACGUUGAGCCUAUAGCAAAAACUUCUGCGAGGACUUUUUUUUUUUCCUGAGUUUUUAAAAUCCCACGCAACAACGGCAAAAAGAAAGAAGAAAACGCCAUAAUGGAGAUUCCCGAAGAAGCAGCGACGGCAGGCGACAGCGUGGUCGACUUCUCCCAUCUGAGCCUGAGCACGUUCAGCGUUGACAGUAUCAGCGACGAGAGGAAGCGAGACACCAGGCAGCUCUACUUGAACUACAACCGACUCGGCUCGCUGCCCUCGUCGGUCAGCCUUUUCUGCAACCUCGAGUUUUUGGACAUCAGCAACAACGGACUGUCGGCCAUCUGCGAGGGCGUGACGCGGCUGGCCAGGCUGAAAACACUCAUCGCCAAGAACAACCGCCUGGACGAGUUUUCGCUGCCCAAAGACUUCGGCUCUCUGCAGCUGGAGGUGUUGAACUUCAGUGGGAACCGAUUUCUGGAGAUCCCGCUGCAGUGCAUGAAGCUGCUCCGCCUGCAGUCGCUCUCCCUCGGUGGGAACAGACUGACGAGCAUACCCGCAGAGAUCGAGAACCUAACCAGUCUGGAGCUGUUGUAUCUGGGUGGGAACUUCAUUACAGCCAUUCCUCCAGAGGUGGCUAACCUGCCCUGGCUCAGCUACCUGGUCCUAUGUGACAACCGCAUCCAAAGUGUCCCCCUGCAGCUCACCAGGCUCCACUCGCUGCGAUCUUUAAGUCUCCACAACAACUUGCUCACUUACCUGCCGAGAGAGAUCCUCGGCCUGGUGCACCUGCAAGAGCUCAGUCUCCGCGGCAACCCACUGGUGGUGCGCUUUGUCAAGGAGAUGACCUACGACCCUCCGUCACUGCUGGAGUUGGCAGGACGUACCGUCAAGAGCCGAAAUAUACCCUACUACCCCAGCGAGCUGCCUUCAAACCUGCUGCACUACUUGGACUUGGCCUGCAAGUGCCCCAAUGCCAAGUGUGCCGGCGUCUACUUUGAUUCAUGUGUGCGCCAGAUCAAAUUUGUGGACUUCUGUGGAAAGUACCGACUGCCCCUCAUGCACUACCUGUGCUCCCCAGAGUGCACCUCUCCCUGCAGCUCCAACCCCCAGAGCGACGCGGAGUCGGAGGACGAGAGCAGCGUGCCCGCCUACCGCCUGCAGAGGGUGCUUCUGGGAUAGUGCACCACGGAGGAGGAGCCUCUGACCCCCUGGAUAGGCCCCGCCCUCUCAGUCUAUCACUGUGCUCGACAUUUAUACAGAGAGGAACUUUGCUGUCGGACUUGACUUGACAUAAACGCGCGUACUCGCAUCCAAACACAAGCGGUAACGCUGUGUCACUGUUUGCCUGCGGAGCUGUGUGUAGACAUGUAGCCGUGUAAACCCACAGUCUGUCAGUCAGGACUCCAUCGAUGUGCCGGUCUCAUGGUCGAGCAUAAGACCGGCCGGUUCUUUUCCAUUCAGGGCAGCAUUCUUCAUUUUUCCAUACAACACUUGGUGCUUUUUAGUAGAAACCGCACGUUAUUCUGCAUUUUCUGCAAGUUUGGAUAGGAACACUUUAUUUUUUGUCCGGCUACUGGUGCCAGCUGUCAUUUAAAUUUCUUCUCACUGGGUGAGCACCAAAGCUGGGAUUUAAAAAAAAAGUAUAUCCACGUCAACUUUGACAUUAGUUUAACACGACAGUAUUCUAAAUUGUUUGAGUACGAUGUGUGAGAUGGCCUUAUUUACACUGUGGGCAACACACACAAUAAUAAAAGAUCCAGGUGUAUCUGUUUUUUUUUUUUUUGUCAGCGCCAUCGUCCUGGUCAUUCAGAUGUGAAAACUAAACCAAUCUAGAAUAUGGGUUAUGUGAGUAUGUGGAAGAAGGCUUGUCCAAGCCUGCUCACAGGAAGUGGAUGUGGGUUGGACCAGGGAAAACCCUUCACUGUGUUAGCGCAGAAACAAUAGCUAUUCAGCAAAGCACAGGGGCGGCCUUCAUGUUUACGUUCAGGGCUGUUAGUGUUCUCUGAAAUAUAGAUGUGUGUGUGUGUGUGUGUGUGAGUGAGAGAGAGAAUGGAGACAAAAGCCUGAUUUUUCUUUUCUUCUUUUUAUGGGAAUUAAUCCUUUUUUGAGACAGAAACCAAUAUUUCUGGCUGGAAGUGGCUGUUUCUGCUCCUGGUUACAUCUCGUCUUCCUACUUGUAUGGAAAGCUGGGAGAUGUUCUUGCCUCCCAGACGGGUUGUGUCCUCAAGUGAGGAAGAAAGAAAACUCCCCCCCCGGCUUCAUAGUAGACCCUGAUGUUUAGAAAACAGAAGAAUGCUCCUCUAUGUUACAGUAACACUUAUACUAGAACUUUAAAGUGCCUUACUAAUAGUGACUUCUACCACAGUGAAAUGUGAUAUAGGUCUACGCACCCUGAAAUGUGACAAGAUUAAACAUUAUGAUGAUUUUUUUUUUGAGUGAGUUUUAUACUCAACCUCUUAACAACAUUUCAAGCUACUUUUGUUUUUUAUAACAAUACGAAAUACUUUUAUAUAAAUCCUUUUCUCAAACGUUAAAACACUACAUAUUUAAAUGACCAGCAGAAUAGAUGGCACUUGAAGAGAAUAUAUAAUAAGAUGUAUAAAUUGUAUUUACUUGUACCCCAUUCGGAUAAUGUAAGUACAGACUGUACGGUAUAUAAUGCCAAUAAUAAAGACUGAUUGUAAUAACUUUAAA